AGUGUAUCAUUUUGCUAGUCCUAAAGAAAAAUUAAGGCAGGACGCCAAACACCCGUUUACGCAGACUUCAAAAAAUUUCAGAGCAAGGCCAAGCGCGAAGUCCAGCCAAAAGGAAAAUCGAUGGAGGUACCGGCUGUUGCCACCAUCCCCGUCUUCACGUUCUCUAGGAUCGUAAAAUUCAACACGAAGCCCUACUUUAGCCGGCGUCUCCCCCAGCACCCUCUCCCGCAAUGCCGGAGCAUGUCCGCCGGCCCAUCCAGGCCAUUCGGGAGCAACAUCGAUCACCGAAGAUACAGGGAACUGAUGUUGUUUUCCUACGUAGGAAACGUACUGCGGAAUGCCCCUUCUCUCGCUCAGGAAUCCGGUGGACUAGCUCGCCUCUCUUCGUUAUCUUUUUCCACCGCCGCCAGCGGUGGAGGCGGUGGUGGAGAGAGUGGCCGCGGGCUGGGUGGAGGCGGCGGCGGAUCUGGCAGUGGAGAGGGUCGGGUGCUAUCCCUUGCUGUGGAGGCCGAGGAAGGCUCGUCGGCAGGGCCUGAUGUUAUUCUUCUAGACGUUGGAGGAAUGUCUUGUGGUGGAUGCGCUGCCAGUGUUAAGCGCAUUUUAGAAAGUCAACCUCAGGUAUCGUCAGCUGCGGUUAACCUUGCUACCGAGACAGCAGUUGUGUGGGCCGUCCCUGAAGGUGAGGUCAAGCAUAACUGGCAAAAGCAAUUGGGCAUGAAACUUGCAUCCCAAUUGACAACCUGUGGAUUUAAGUCAAAUAUUCGAGAUUCUGCAAGAGAAAGUUGGUAUAAAGUUUUUGAGAGGAAGAUGGAUGAAAAACUUCAGCUUUUGAAACAAAGUGGUCAAGAUCUUGCAGUUUCAUGGGCCUUAUGUGCUGUAUGCUUUUUGGGACAUGCCUCUCAUUUUCUUGGAUCAAAUGCACCUUCAUGGGUCCAUGCAUUUCAUUCCACACCAUUUCAUUUGUCGCUGUCACUGUUUACUUUUGCUGGACCAGGGCGAAGGCUUAUUCUUGAUGGAUUGAAAAGUCUAUGCAAAGGGUCACCAAACAUGAAUACUUUAGUUGGCUUAGGCGCUUUAUCAUCUUUUGCUGUCAGUGCAGUAGCUUCCUUGAUGCCAAAACUGGGAUGGAGGACAUUUUUUGAGGAACCAAUAAUGUUGAUAGCUUUUGUAUUGUUAGGCAAAAACCUUGAACAGAGAGCAAAAAUUAAAGCUACUAGUGACAUGACUGGACUUUUAAAUAUUCUUCCUACAAUGGCACGCCUUAUUGUUGACAGCGGUUUGGGAGAAUCAUCUUAUACUACCGAAGUUCCAUGCAGCAGCCUUGCUGUUGGAGAUCAAAUUGUUGUGUUUCCUGGAGACCGCAUACCUGCAGAUGGAAUUGUUAAAACUGGUAGAAGCACUGUUGAUGAGUCAAGCUUCACUGGGGAGCCCAUGCCCGUAACUAAGUUACCUGGGAAUGAAGUGACAGCUGGAAGUAUCAACUUAAAUGGUAGACUUACCAUAGAAGUUAAAAGGCCAGGUGGUGAGACUGUGAUGGGAGAUAUAGUUCGCUUGGUGGAAGAGGCACAGGCAAAGGAAGCUCCUAUACAACGGUUGGCUGACAAGGUUGCUGGACAUUUUACGUAUGGUGUGAUGGCUGUUUCAGCUGCGACAUUUAUAUUUUGGAGUUUAUUUGGUUCACAAUUAAUGCCAACUGUUAUCCAGCGGAGUCCGAUUUCUUUGGCGUUACAACUUUCAUGUAGUGUUCUGGUAAUUGCAUGUCCUUGCGCACUUGGACUAGCUACACCUACUGCUGUCUUGGUUGGUACUUCACUUGGUGCAACAAGAGGUUUACUUUUACGAGGUGGAAAUGUACUAGAGAAGUUUGCACAAGCUGACACCGUUGUAUUUGACAAGACUGGGACACUAACUAUCGGAAAGCCAGUUGUGACCGAAGUUGUUGUCCCUUAUGACGGGCAGCAUCCAUAUUCAAAGGACACUUCACAUUAUAUGUGGUCUGAAAUUGAAGUUCUGAGAUUAGCUUCGGGAGUUGAAUCAAAUACUAACCAUCCACUUGGAAAAGCAAUUGUGGAUGCUGCACGUGUUGCUAACUGUGAUAAUGUGAAGGCUACAGAUGGAACCUUUAAAGAGGAACCUGGAUCUGGGGCAAUAGCCAUAGUGGAGCAGAAAACAGUCACUGUAGGAACACUUAGCUGGCUUAGAAGGCAUGGAGUUGACUCAUAUUCAUUUCCAGAUAUCGAACUCAAUAAUCAUUCAGUUGUAUAUGUAGGAGUAGAUGGUAGUUUAGCUGGGCUGAUUUACUUCGAGGAUAAAAUUAGGGAAGAUGCUCGCCAAGUUGUUGAAAUGUUGAGAAAGGAAGGACUUGACGUAUAUAUGUUAUCUGGAGAUAAAAGGAAGGCUGCUGAACAUGUGGCAUCUAUCGUUGGUAUUGACAAAGAUAAGGUAUUUUCUGAAGUCAAGCCUGAUCAGAAAAGCAAUUUCAUUGAGGAGCUUCAAAAAGACGGAAAAGUAGUUGCCAUGGUUGGAGAUGGCAUCAAUGAUGCUGCUGCGUUGGCUUUAUCAGACAUCGGGAUUGCCAUGGGUGAGGGUGUUGGUGCUGCUAGUGAUGUGUCUUCCAUUGUGCUCAUGGGUAAUAGAUUAUCACAACUGAGUGAAGCACUGGAAUUGAGCAAACAGACUAUGAAGACAGUGAGACAAAACCUGUGGUGGGCAUUUGCUUAUAACAUUGUUGGAAUACCUGUUGCAGCUGGCUUACUGCUACCAAUAACAGGGACCAUGUUGACUCCAUCCAUUGCUGGAGCUCUAAUGGGUUUUAGCUCUUUAGGAGUGAUGUCAAACUCAUUGCUUUUGAGACUCAGAUUUGCUCUGAAGCAUAAGAAAACCAGCACAGUCCGUAAGUAUACAAACCAGGAAUCUAUUUCAGAUGUUUUUCUUGAUAUAAGUGAAAGUACUGAGAAGCCUUCUGUGCCGAAAUGGAGAAGCACCUGAGUCUACUAGGAGAAUCAUGAAAUCACAAUGCAAUAAAACAAAACGCAGAGUUGCAGCCGAUCAAGAUUACUUUUGGGUCAAACUUUCUUACUAUUUUUUAAAGUUAUUUUUUAAUACAAAUUUUUUAGUUUAAUAUAAAGAAAUUUUAUAUCAUAAAAGUGCUUUAGAAAGUAGUAAGAAAAUUAUUUUAAAUAAAACUUAAGGCAAACUUUCAGAGGGAUGAUUUAGACCCAUCCUGAAAACUUUAAAGAGCUCAUUUUUUCAUUGUAUAUAGAAAGAAAGAAUUUGAAAGCAUUGUAUCUUUUAGCAUAUUCUUGUCAAGUCAAAUCUCAUCUGUUUUCACCUUCAAAUCAAAAAUUUGUAUUGUUGCUACAAACAACUAAAUAUUCAAGUUUUUUUUUUUU